CGGGGAUGCUGCUGCCUCUGCUCCGCCGAUCACACACUCGGUUCCGCAGCCAGUCUGAGGGGAAACAGCCGCAGCCAUGGCCUCGGACAUCACUCCAGAGGCCAUCGGCUUCCUGUCGGCAGUGGGCGUCUUCAUCGUGGCGUUGGCCGUCCUCUUCCUCUUCAUCAACAAGAAGCUGUGUUUCUCACGUGUCGGCGGACUGCCCUGUCUGGAGCAACAUGGCCGCCGGAAGAAAGGACGACUGGGAGCUCGCCAGGGGCUCGUGAACAGCUACGGCGACGAUGACGAUGAUGGCAUCAGCUCUUCCGACAGCGAGGACGAGAUCCUGAAGCAGUUCGAGAUCUCUGUGUCACGUUCACAGAGCUUUCGCACUGCAGUGGCGAGCGGAGGUGAACCGCAGUCCCAGCAGACUCAGCUGCCCUUGGGUCGACGCCACAAGUUCACCCGACUGUCGGACCAGGAGGAGGGCAGCACCGAGCCAUCAGACUGUGAAGAAACGGAGGCUCAGACCCGGCAGGGUUUCCAGGACCCGCUCUCUGCAGCACUAGAGGAACGCGAGAGGGCGUCCGCUCUCUCUCUGGACAAACCCACCGGGGUCGAGGCGUCGGGCACCAUGGACAGUCCCGCCCCCAGUAUGAACCGGCAGGCCGCGGACGGCAGCGAGGACACAGAGAAGGCCGUGGAUCGCGACAGAAAUGACGCCACAGACAGCUCCUCCACCUGGAGCCCUGAGCAAGAGCAGCCUCCCCACGACGAGGUUUCAUCUCAGCCAGUCACCUCCUCCCCUCGACCCCCCAUCUCCAAAUGUGGAGACCUGGUCCUCUCUCUGGAGUACCGUCCCGAUACGGAGAAGCUGAUGGUCUCUGUGGUCGCGGCCCGGGACAUCCCCGACAAGGCCCGCAGCGGGAUGGACUCCUGGCAGGUGCACAUGGUCCUGCUUCCCUCCAAAAAGCAACGGCACAAGACGUCGGUACAGAAAGGCUCGCUGCCGCACUUCAACGAGAAGUUUCGCUUCUCGCGCCUGGAGCCUUCAGACCUGCAGAUGUCGGCCAUCAGGUUCAGGCUGUACGCACUCGGAGGCAGGAUGUCCCGUGAGCGGAUGAUGGGGGAGAAGGUGCUGCGUUUAGGAGGGAUGGACCCGGACGGAGGGACGAUGGAGACGACGCUGGUACUGGAGCCUCGCAGUAACCUCAAGAGUGUGGACUCCCAGCUGAGUCUGUCUGCGGUGUCUCAGAGCGACAGCGCCUCGUCCACUCAGUCUCUGACCCACGGUGGAGUCCCUGAGCUGCUGGUGGGUCUGUCCUACAACGCCACCACAGGACGCAUGUCUGUGGAGCUCAUCAAGGGCAGCCACUUCAGAAACCUGGCCAUCAACAGACCACCAGACACGUAUGGUCGGCUGACUCUGCUGAACUCGGUCGGUCAGGAGAUCUCUCGGUGUAAGACGUCGGUGCGCCGUGGCCAGCCCAACCCCGUCUACAAGGAGACCUUUGUCUUCCAGGUGGCGUUGUUCCAGCUGUCGGACGUCACGCUGUUGGUCUCCAUCUACAACCGGCGCAGCAUGAAGCGCAAAGAGAUGGUGGGCUGGAUCGCUCUGGGUCAGAACAGCAGCGGCGAGGAGGAGCAGCUCCACUGGCAGGACAUGAAGGAGAGUCGAGGACAGCAGGUCUGCCGCUGGCACGUCCUGCUGGAGGCGUAACGCUGCCUGCCAAACAGGGUUUAGUUUCUUUUUAAGGUUGAAGGGAGUUAAUUGUUUAGUUAGAAAGUUUGAAAGAGAAGAAGAAAAACAUGGCCUUGGUUUUAUCUGCGGACUGGAAGAUGGAUGUGGUUUCAAAGUCGACAGAAUCAGCACAACAUCCACCAUCAUCACAUCUGUCCACACACAUCUGCCAUAGAGAAACCGGCUUGAAACAGUCAUCUUUGUCCUCUUGUGUCCAGCUAUCGUUGUCUUCACACGAUCUGCCAUCAUCCCAACAACAUCUUGUUUUGACAUCUCGUGUGGGUGUGUGUGAUUUGGACGACUUGCAGUUACGCCCACUUAGAGUUACACUCUUCUCUUGCAGUCUGCAGACAGACCCCUGUCGUUGCUUUGGGUGUUUUCAUUUUUCUUUUCCCAUGAACACCCAGAAAGGCGGUCAUUUGUCUGCACUCAAAACAAACACAUAAUUUGAAUGCUUUAUCAGCAGUGUUUUUCUGUAUUUAGAUUUCAAGGUUGAGAAAGGACUGGAUACAAAAGCCCUAACUGAUUUCGUUAAAGAAAAGAAAAAUAAAACCAUUCUUUACAUUUUAGAAGGUAUAAACAGCAAAUAUUCCCUCC